AUGGAUGCCAUAAAUAGGAUAGCUUGGUUUGUUGCUGUCGUCUUCACCAUAUGCUCCUGCAAUGCUAACCCUAACCCUAACUCUAACCCUAAUUACGACGUCGUUUGGAGGCGGCGCGCCGAAGAAGCCAAACGGCGCGCUCUCGAGGCGUACGAGCCGAAUCCCCUUUCAGUCGUCGAACAUCUCAACAAGAAAGUCCACAUGUCGAUCCGCGGCGGCAACACCACCACCACCACCACCACGACACGGCGCAGCUUAAAGGGCAAGCCACCCGGCGGCGGCGGCGGCUGCGAGGCCACAAAUCCGAUCGACCAAUGCUGGCGGUGCCAACCAAAUUGGGCGCAGAACCGCCGCCGGCUCGCCGACUGCGGGCUAGGGUUCGGCCGGCGCGCCACCGGCGGGAAGGCCGGAAAAAUCUACGUGGUGACCGAUCCCUCCGACGCCGACAUGGUGAACCCUAAAAUCGGCACUCUCCGGCACGCCGUGAUCCAGCUGGAGCCGCUGUGGAUCGUCUUUGCCCGGAGCAUGGUGAUCAGGCUGUCGGAGGAGCUGAUCAUGACCAGCGACAAGACGAUCGACGGCCGCGGCGCGCAGAUCCACAUAACAAACGGCGCCGGGCUGACGCUGCAGCACAUCCACAACGUGAUCAUACAUAAUAUCCGAUUGCACGACAUUAAGGUCGGGCAGGGCGGGAUGAUUAGGGACUCGACGUCGCACUUCGGCCUCCGGACGAGGAGCGACGGCGACGGCAUCUCCGUUUUCGGGUCCACCGACGUAUGGAUCGACCACGUGUCACUCUCCAAUUGCGCCGACGGACUGAUCGACGUUAUCGAGGGCUCCACCGCCGUCACCAUUUCGAAUUGUCACUUCACUCAUCAUAACGAUGUGUUAUUGUUCGGGGCGAGUGACACCUACUCGGCCGACAAGAUAAUGCAAGUGACCCUCGCCUUUAAUCACUUCGGCAAAGGGUUGAUACAAAGGAUGCCUCGAUUGCGAUGGGGUUACGUGCACAUAGUGAAUAACGACUACACGAUGUGGGAGAUGUACGCGAUCGGGGGAAGCCAACAACCCACCAUUCUUAGUCAAGGAAAUCGCUUCUACGCCCCCCAAAAUCCAUUUGCCAAAGAGAUUACGAAAAGAGAGUACACGCCGGAGAGUGUAUGGAAAAGUUGGGUGUGGAAAUCGGAGGGCGAUCUUUUGAUGAACGGGGCAUUCUUCGUGCCAUCGGGAGAUCCUAAUCACAAGUUCCCGAUGGAACCCGCGACGAUCGGGCCGAGAGGAGGUGAAAUGGCGAGUAGGCUCUCGCAAUACGCAGGGCCUCUUACAUGCUUCGAGAACAAGCCAUGUUGA